AUGUCAAAAUACGACUCGAACUUCAUGAGAGAAGCUCUUAUUGUAGCACAAGAAGCAUAUGACAACUUGGAAGUUCCUGUAGGGUGUGUGUUUGUUCUCAACAACGACACCAUCAUUGCUAGAGGCCGCAAUAAACCAAAUGAAAGCUAUAAUGCAACUCGACACGCCGAAAUAGAAGCAAUUGAUAUCAUUCUGAACGAGCAUGACAGAAGCGUCUUUAGAAAUGUAGAUCUAUACGUAACAGUAGAACCUUGCGUAAUGUGCGCAUCAGCAUUGCGACAAAUUGGUAUUCGUCAUGUGUAUUUUGGAUGCGGCAACGAUAAAUUUGGCGGUAAUGGAUCGGUAUUCAGCAUCAAUACAGAACUAGAUACGAAACAGUCUAAAGGAUAUCCAUCAGAGGGCGGGUAUUUUUACGAGGAGGCCAUUCUUAUGCUCAGAAAGUUUUAUAUUCGAGAAAAUAAGCAUGCGCCAGUUCCUAGAAAAAAGUCAAAUAGAGUGCUCAAGACAGAAGUUAUACCCAACACGAGCAAAUAA